GACUCAAUUAAUUACCAAGAACAUGGAAGAAUAACAUAUAAUAACAAAAAUUAAUUACACACCAUAAGUACAACUUCUUCUUUAAAAAAAUUUCUCCUAAAUUCCGUCCCACUCAAUCCAUCCAUAUUCCAUUCCUCCCUAAAAAAAGCAACACUACUCUCCCCCCCUUUUCUUUUUCUCUCUCCAGAACUUGCAAAUUACCAUCAUUCAUGGCUGCAAUUUCAUCAGACCACUCAAACUCCACAAUUGCAGACCAUCUCAAAUGCCGUAAACCCAGAAAUCAUCAUUUAUCAGAUCCAAAUAACCCUCAAAUGCCUUCAAUUAUCCAAUCUACUCGCUGCAAAUCCUCCAUUUCUUCCUUAUUACUCUCUACUUUUUCAACCAACCAUGAAACCGCGAAAUUCACCCCCAAAACACGAAGUUUACGGGGUUUCGGGUGCGCGGCUCGUCCCGAGGUUACCGUCCCCGGUGUUAUAAGGUCCUCGGCUGAUUGGGAAACCACCAGACAGAAGAAGAGUGACAACAACAACAACAAUAACAAUUGCAAUAGUAUUAAUAAUAGUAAGAAAAAGAAGAAAAAAAAUGGUAAGAAGAAGAAUGUUCAACAAUUGCAAGGUGCUUUAAUGGAAGACCCAAUUGGUGUUCAAGAUUUAUGGUGUGGAGAUGCUUCUGCUGCUGCUUCUGUUGAUUGUGUUAGACCUCUUUCUACCAAUUUCAACCGUGGUAAAAUUGAUCUUGAUAAACUGCAACGUAGAGAGAGAGCCUCCUAUAAUUCUAGACAAAGAGUGAAUGCUGAGCAAUUUGCUGCUCCGGGCCUGGAUUCUGCCUUUGAUAUUCCCCCUUUCGGGCCGGAUGUUUUUGAAGCCCAGUACUACCAUCAUUUGCGUAAUCGAUCCCCCGAGGGGCUAGCUGAGAUCUUAAUGUUUCAAAAUGGUCUGUUGACGGGCAGAAGAUCAGGUGGUGCUGAUAGAUACCGGGAUUUGAGACUAGAUGUUGAUAAUAUGACAUAUGAAGAAUUGCUUGAACUUGGUGAUAGAAUUGGGCAUGUGAGUACUGGACUGGGAGAUGAUCAGAUUGGUAGAUGUCUCAGGAAAACCAAGCUCUCUGUCCUACAUGAACUUCCAUCACAAUCGCACAUAUCAGCAGACAUAGAAGGAAAAUGCAGCAUUUGUCAGGAAGAGUAUGAAGCGGAAGAAGAGAUGGGGAAACUGGAAUGUGGACAUGCUUAUCACUUGCAUUGCAUAAAGCAAUGGCUUGUGAGGAAAAAUGCUUGCCCUGUUUGUAAAGCUGAAGCAUCUUCUCUUUAGGAUUCCGAGUUGGUUAUAUUAUGUGAUUAUUCAUAUUUUCCCAUUUGUAUAGAUUUAAAUUUAACGGCCAUUGCAUAGUAGGAUAGUGUGUUUAUUGCUGUGUUGCGAGUUUGUUGGCUGUUCAGAAGCUUGGUUUCCUACUUCAACCGAUUGGGAAACAUUAUCAAAUGGGUUUUUUUCCUCUUAUAUUUGUAUUCCCUGCUGAGAGAUUCAUGAGCUGCGUUAGAGAGUUUUGUUUUGUGUUAUUUGUUCCGUAAAGUUGCUGAUUUGGUCCAUAUUUAUACCUUUGUAAUUCCGUUUGAUUUCAUUUUGGGUACUGGAGGGUAGAAUUGCAUUUGCUGUGCUGGUAUGAUAUUGGAGUGAAUUAUUAACACUGUUGAA